AUGGCCCAAGGCGCAAGAAUAGCCAACCCCGAUGGAAAAAGCUCGAUAAAUGUGCUGUCUUUAGGCCCCGAUAUAUGGCACCUCAUUGCGGACAAGUUGCAGCUGGACACCCGCGAAGACCUCUACAAUCUAUGCCUGGUAUCGAAGGCCGUCUACUCCCUGGCCACACUCCGACUACAUAGAUCAGUCAUCUUGGCGGAUUUUGCGCGGCUAGAUCCUGACCCGAGCAAGCGGAAACAUCCCUGGACAAGCAUUCAAUUCUUGCUGUGCAGGCUUCUAGAUCCAACCAACGAGAGUUUAAGAAACGCCGUCCGUGAGGUGGAGGUGGGCGAACGUUUGAAACCCCGCUACAUCGGUUCCAUCGCAGGUCUCACCGAGUCCAAUUUUCUUCCUAGUUUGGUGAUUGCUCUGCCAAAUUUAAAGCACUUUAAGUAUGAGAUGUCUCUCGUUCAUAUGGAACUGCGUUUGGUGCUGAUUGAAAACCGUGCAGAAUAA